AUGGCCCCGAUCAUCCACUGCGUCCGCCACGCCCAGGGCGUCCACAACCUGUGUACCGAGAACCAUGUCAUCCCUGACCCCCUCCUCACAGACCUCGGCCAUGAACAAUGCCGCAAGCUCCAUGGGUCUUUCCCCCGCCAUGCCGAUGUCGACCUGGUCACUGCGUCGCCGCUGCGCCGCACUAUCUACACAGCCUUGGAAAGCUUUGAGCCCGUCUUCAAGGCUCGCCCCGAUAUGCAACUUAUUGCUCUACCCGAUGUCCAAGAGACCUCUGAUGUGGCUUGCGACACCGGAAGUGAUCCAGAAGUUCUACGGGAGGAGUUUGCGGGGAAGAAUGUGGACUUGGGGUUGGUACAUGAGGGGUGGAACAACAAGGAUGGCCGCUACGCGCCUCGCAACGGAGCAUUGAAAGAGCGUGCACGCGCUGCACGCCGGUGGUUGAAGGCCCGACCCGAGAAGGAGAUUGUCAUGGUGACGCACGGUGGAUUCUUGCACUACUUCACGGAGGACUGGGAGGAUAGCAGCCAGUUCCAGGGUACUGGCUGGACGAACACCGAAUACCGCACCUUCACUUUCAGCGACGAGGAGCACACAGAUGACUUGGAGGGCUACCCACUAGACGGCGACAACGCCACGCUUACCGAGACUUUGGAGUCUCGGAAGCGCCGUGGCAAGAUUGGCCCUACCCCCCACCGUGAGCAGCAGAAGACCCUUUACAAGAUUGGUACACAGGGCUGGGAUGACCAGGGCCUCCAGCUCAGCACUGCUGAACGGGAUUCCGCUAAGGUGCCCGAGGGCAAGGAGGUAGAUGGUGUGCGCGUAUAG